AAGGUUAAAGCCUUCACUAAUUGCUAAGACCUACGGAUUGGCACUUUCCAUGUUUCUGAGUAUAAGGUUCCUUGCAUUCUCCAACUCACUGAUGUGUUCAAAUUUUAUGUAAUUAUCAAGACUGGGAGAAUUAUAUUUUUUUGUUACUUUUUAGAACUUGAGACACCCUUUGGUUAAAUUAAAAGAAAUUAUAGGUUUGUGUAGUUCUCUCUCAUUUUGCCUGCUCUAACGCUCUUGGGUGAGUUUUCUGCCUGUUGAUCUGCAAAGAAAAUGCUCUAGAGAUAGACUGAAUUCCACCAUUUUACAAGAUUUCAGUAUGGCCAGGAUCAGAAAGGCUACCAGAGCUAAAUCCAAUGUUCUUCCUGAGCCUGAAAACCAUGAAGAAGAAGGGAAAGAUAAAGAAGAGAAAGAGGCAGCGAAAGAGAAAGAGAAAGAAGAGGAGAAGGAGAAAUACAUUCAGGGAAAGGAAAUGGGGAAGGCCAAGGCAGAAACAGAAGAGGAAGAGGAGGGAGAGGGAGAGAGACAGGUGGAGGGAGAAGUCGAAGCUGCAAGCACAAAUUCUAUGGGCCAAGACCAGAGAAGCGUGGAACAGGGUAAGGAUAAUGAGGAUGCAUUUAGAGCCCAGCUGGCUAAACUGGGGCUAAGAAUUGUGCAUGUCACAGGAGAUGGAAACUGUUUGUUCAGAGCUCUGUCACAUCAACUGUGCGGUGACCAAGAAUUAUAUGCAGAGUAUCAUGAUAAAGUGGUCCACCACUUGGUGUGGUAUCCUGAAGAAUUUGCAGAUUUCUUCAGUGAAGGAGACGCUGGGAGUUUUGAAGAAUUCUAUACAAAAAUGUCACAAGAUGCAGCCCGGAGUGUUGAUUUGGAGCUUCAUGCAGCUUCAAAGGCCUUCUACACGAAUAUUCGUGUCUACUGGUUUGAUCAAGGACAAUUAGCAGUUUCUGAAAUAAAGAAUUUUGAUGAUGCAGGUACUCUCUUGUUGUCAUAUCAUAAUGGCACCAACUUCAAUAGCCUGCACAUCAAAGGUUGUGACUCUUCCGAGGAUUCAGAGGAGGAGGAGGAAGAGGAAGAAGAUGAUGCUGCAAGAACAAGUUCUACGGGCCAAGACCAGAGAAGCGUGGAACAGGGUAAGGAUAAUAUGGAUGCAUUUAGAGCCCAGCUGGCUGAACUGGGGCUAAGAAUUGUGGACAUCACAGGAGAUGGCAACUGUUUGUUCAGAGCUCUGUCAGAUCAGCUGUGUGGUGACCAAGAAUCACAUGCAGAGUAUCGUCAGACAGUGGUGCAAUACUUGGUUAGCUAUCCUGAAGAGUUUGCAGGUUUCUUCAGUGAAGGAAACGCUGGGAGUUUUGAAGAAUACUAUACAAAAAUGUCAAAAGAUGCAGAAUGGGGUGGUAAUUUGGAGCUUUACGCAGCUUCAAAGGCCUUCUACAUGAAUAUUCGUGUCUACAGGUUUGAUCAAGGACAAUUAGCAGUUUCUGAAAUAAACAAUUUUGAUGAUGCAGGUACUCUCUUGUUGUCAUAUCAUAAUGGCACCCACUACAAUAGCCUGCACAUCAAAGGUUGUGACAAUUCCGAGGAUGAAGAGAGAGCAGAUUACAAAACAAAAGAAAAAAUGAAGGAUUCAGAGGAGCAUGAUAAUGAUUCGGUGGAGCUCAUUACGUCUGCAACAGGUUAUACAGGGGCUGAUCUAAUUAGAUCUGAGCUGCAACUGGUAGAUGGUGAUACAGCUGCUGCAGUAGAUAUGAUAUUAGAAGAACUAACUUCAACAAUGGAUUCAGCCAAGAAUGAUGAAGGGGAGAUUGUAGACCCACCCUGUAUAAACAAUGAUUCCCAAAGAAAUUCAAGAAAGAGAAAAUACACCCAGAUGAAAAGAAAGACUAGAAGGGUAAUGAGGAUAACAAUAGCAACAGCAGCAAAGAAGGCUUAGGCUAAUAAAGCUGGAAACCUUCUAAAGUCAACUGGAUUCAGAGCACCUAUUAGCAAAUUCGCUGGAAGCUCUUCUUGGUAUUUAAUGGAAGGCAGGACUGAUAGUACUCUAAUUAAUUAUGUGCAACUUAAUGGUGUUUGAUUUGGCAUAUUCAAAAUUGCCGAUGGAGCUCACCUUUCUUGCAUUUUAAACCAAUUUUUAAUAUGUUUUCAUUUAAAUCUUGAGAAUUUUUCAAUAUUCAAAUCCUUGUCUGUACUAUUUAGCAAUAAAGGAGUUUCCAAUUUGAUUUAUCC